AUGCCCACCCAAAAGUGGUUUAUGCUCUUCCUUGCUUGUCUCCUAAUAAUUGCUCCCAAGUUAUCUGUCAACCCUAAUGCCGUGGAAGCUAUUCGGGUUCUAACCAUCAAUAGAAACAGCAACCAUUUUAAAGGGUACACAAAGAGUCAAGUUUAUUCCACUCUGGGGCUGGUGUGCAAAUGCUGUGAUGGUAAAGGUGGCGGAUGUAUAAGCACAUGGGAUGAUGCUUGCUCCAAUCUCAAAUGCCAUCCAUGGAAAUAUUAG